AUGCUGGUGAACGUAAAGUUACAACGAGUAGACUACGCUCAAGUGGGUACGACCAGUCGAGGAUGUAUGAGGAUAAUUCACGCUGACAAAAGUGGUAGUAGCACUCCAAAGAAGAAGUCUGGUGGACAGUCAAAAUAUCGUGUAAGUAUUAUGUUAUAUUAUAUUUUCUUAUUUAUACGUGCUGUUAGGCUUAAAAUUGUGGUUAAUGAUAGAAGAUUAGGCUUGAGACACAGAGUUAGUUUUCGGCUUAGCUACACAUGUUUUAGGCUUAGAAAUACAGAAUUUUAGGCUUAGCAGCACACAUUUUAGGCUUAGCAGCACACAUUUUAGGUUUGGCAUCACACAUUGUAGGCUUAGCAGCACACAUUUUAGGCUUAGCAGCACACAUUUUAGGCUUAGAAAUACAGAAUUUUAGGCUUAACAGCACACAUUUUAGGCUUAGCAGCACACAUUUUAGGUUUGGCAUCACACAUUGUAGGCUUAGCAGCACACAUUUUAGGCUUAGUAGCACACAUUUUAGGCUUAGAAAUACAGAAUUUUAGGCUUAGCAGCACACAUUUUAGGCUUAGCAGCACACAUUUUAGGUUUAGCAUCACACGUUUUAGGCAUAGCAGCACAUAUUUUAGGCUUAGCAGCACACAUUUUAGGUUUAGCAUCACACGUUUUAGGCUGAGCAGCACAAAGUUAGGCUUAACAGCACAUAAUCUUAGGUUUAACAGCACUCAUUUUAGGCUUAGUAGCACACUUUUUAGGCUUAGCAGCAAAUACUUUAGGCUUAACUCUUUUAGGCUUAGCAGCACACAUCUUAGGCUUAGUAGAACAUAUUUUAGGCUUAGCAGCACGCAGUUUAGGCUUAGUUACAUAUAUUUUUGGCUUAGCACGACGCAUUUUAGGCGUAGUAACUCAUACUCUAUUUGGCUUAGCUACUUUCAGAUAGUGGUCGGAGCCAACAGUGGAGUACUACUGUCAUUGGAACGGAAAACAGAUGAAACCAAGGUAAGUACAUCAAGCCAACUUUUAUAUUACUGUACUUUAUACACAAUUACAGUACUUUUAGUCACAAACUUUUACAAUUUUGAUUUUAGAUAAUAUUCAAGACCAAUCCAGGCCCACCCAUCACAUUUGUUAGACUAGGCGGUGCUUUACAGACAAUUCAGGACAAGAUCUUUGCUGCUUCUGGUGAAACGGUCCGGGGGUAUUCGAAGAAAGGCAAGCAAUUCUUGUCGUUUGAAAGCAACAUGGCCGAAAUGAUCUCAGCAAUGUGGGUUUAAAAUUUUGAAAUUUAAUUUUUUUUUUAUUUUAAAUUUAAAAAAUUUUUAAAUUUAAAAAUUUUUUUAAUAUUAGGUGCCGACAUAAAGAACCCGCCAUACUUUUCUUGUAAUUUCUUGUAAAAAAUGGCGGGUUCUUUAUGUCGGCACCUAAUAAGUAAAGCCAAAUAUUGUUAUAGGUAUGUCUAUGGCGUUGACUUGUUUCUGGCGGGAAGAAAUACAGUAUAUCAGUACCAUGAUUGUGUUGAAAAAGCUGUAAGUUAUAAAUUAUGUACUAUAGUAAACAUAAACUUGACAAAAUUUUGUAAUUUAUUUGUUUUGUAAAGAAAGUUUUUGCCAUUUUUUGUUCUGUAAAGAAAGUUUUCGCUAUUUUUUGUUUUGUAAAGAAAGUUUUUGCCAUUUUUUUGCCUUGUAAAGAAAGUUCUUGCCAUUUUAGUCAAAAAAAUAAUUUUUCUAGAAUUUCAUGUGCACGGACAAGAUAACUGACAUAAUAUGUUUAUCGACCAUUGGAGGCGGAUGGGUGGGUCGAGGAGUAACACCACUCGUCGCUUGCGAAGACAAAACUAUCAAGGUAUGUACCCUACCCUACCCUACCCUACCCUACCGUACCCUACCCUACCCUACCCUACCCUACCCUACCCUACCCUACCCUACCCUACCCUACCCUACCCUACUCUACCCUACCCUACCCUACUCAUACUAUUCUACCGUACCCAAUACUACAGUAUCUCUCAGGUCCUCCAAAACCUCCAGCUACAGUACGAAGUAAUCCUCGGCGACAUACCAUCAACGAUGCACCUAUUCAUGAAUGAUGGUGGGUUCACGAAGCAAAAAGUACUAUAUGGUACUAGAAAUGGUCGUCUAGGACUGCUGGACCUGGGAGAAAAGAGUGGUGGUAUAUUAUGGGAAAUGGCAACCUCUUCUGCUGCUGCUAUCACUGCUAUAUACUGUCAUAAACUGACUGAGAACACCUAUCCGGACAUUGUUAUCGGGAAAGAUGAUGGUGUUAUUGACAUCUACACGGUCAAUGAAAACGAUUUUGCUAGCUAUCAACAAAGUUAUGUAGGUUUUUUAGGCUUAAAGUUUGUUUUUCAGCUUAAUAUUGAUUGCUUAAGCCUAAAAUUGAUUUUUUUAACUUAAAAUUUAAUUUAUAAGCCUAAAGUUGAUUUUUAAGCCUAAAAUGGAGUUCUAAGCCUAAAAUUGAUUUUUUAAGCUUAAAAUUGAGUUCUUAAGCCUAAAAUUUAUUUUUAAUUUUAAAAUCUAUUUUUUAAGCCUAAAAUUGGUCUUUAAGCCUAAAAUUGAUUUUUUAAGCCUAAAGUUGAUUUUUAAUUCUGAAAUUGAUUUUUUAAGCUUAAAGUUGAUUUUUUAAGCCUAAAUUUGAUUUUAUAAGCUUAAAAUUGAUUUUUUAAGCUUAAAAUUGAGUUUUUAAGCCUAAAAUUGAUUUUAAGCCUAAAAUUGGUUUUUAAGCCUAAAAUUGAGUUUUUCAGCCCAAAACCGAUUUUUUAAGCUUAAACUUGAUUUUUGGACCUAAAAUAGAUUUUUAAGCCUAGUAAACGUAUAAAAAAUAUUUUCAGAAUUGUAACGAGUCAAUCACAAGCCUAGAAUGCAUACAUGUUGAUGAAGGUAACUACGAUGAAAUUAUCGUUAGUACGUAUACUGGCUGGGUGUUCGGUUUGAGUACUGAACAUUAUAAUGCAAAAACCUCUAAAGAUAAGAAGAUUAGUACUGAUAACACACCCUCUCUACAAGUUAAGGUCCAGAAAAUGCAGUAAGUUGUUGAAAUAGCAAGAAAUUCCUUUACAAAACUUAAAAUUGCAAGAACUUUUUUUACAAGACAUAAAGUGGCAAGAACUUUAUUUACAAAACAAAAAAUUGCAAGAACUUUCUUUACAAAGCUCAAAGUUGCAAGAACUUUCUUUACAAAACACGAAAUGAAAGAACUUUCUUUACAAACUUUUUUCAGAAGUGAACUGGACCAGUUAGAGCUAAAAGUAAAGGAAGAAAGAGAAAAGUACCAUGAUAUGAUAAUGAAAGGUGCUGAAGACAAUAAGGAAGGACCAUUUGUAGACACAACUCCACCAUUUCACGUUAAUGACCGCUUUACAUUGAACAAGUAUCUGGCUUGUUAUACAUUGACAUUGGAGUUGGCUGUUCCUAUUGAAUAUGUCUUUUUACAUGUAAGGGAAUGAUUUAUGUUGUUGUAGGUUUAAAUUUGGUUUCAUGUUUUUUGGCUUUGGGUUUUAGUUGUGUAACUGAAGUUUGGAUAUAAGCCUAGAAUUUAUUUUUUAAGCCUUAAAGUGAUUUUUAAGUCUUAAAGUGAUUUUUAAGCCUAAAGUUGAUUUUUUAAGCCUAAUGUUGAUUUAUAAGCCUAAAAUUGAUUUUUAAGCUUAAACUUGAUUUUUUAAGCCUAAACUUGAUUUAUAUGCUUAAAAUUGAUUUUUAAGCUUAAAGUUGAUUUUUUUAAGCCUAAAAUUGAUUUUUAAGCCUAAAAUUGAUUUUUAAGCCUAAAGUUGAUUUAUAAGCGUAAGUUUGACUUAUUUACGCCUAAUGAUUGACAAUUUUUUUUGUUUAAAUGACCUUUUGUUUGUUACAGAGCGAUGUAGAUGUUGAACUAAUGGACGUGGAGAAGAACUCUGCUGUCAUUUCAGUCACUGAAAAGGAUCCAGCUGUAAGCCUAACUUUAACAAAAAAUUUUUUUUAGUUUUGCCAUAAAACAUGUCAUAAUAUUUUAUGCCGACAACUUUAGAAAGGAAACCAACUUCUAGCGGUAUACAGAUGCCAAGCCGACAUUACCAGGAUGGAAAUGCGAAUACGAAGCAUUGAAGGACAGUGUGGAACGUUGAAAACCUACAUCGUGCCGAGACUUCAAAUCAAAACUUGUCAGGUAAAUUGGUUUUUGAAUUAA